AUGAUCACGCACGUGGCUGGAGGGGCUCUMGGAGCUUCCUCAUUUAUGACCCUCACGGCCAUCGCAGUGGACCGGUACCUAGCAAUUCACAARGGGACUAAAUACGGAGCUGUGGUUACUAAUGGAAGAGUAGUGUGUCUAGUGAUUGCGAUAUGGGUCGUCUCUUGUUUUCUUUAUGGCAGUCGUUUCUACGUAAAGCAAGGUCUAUACUUUAAGGUGGCUGCAGCAGUCAUGCUAUUAAGCGUUGCCAUGGCAUCAUAUUGUUAUAUUAAAUGUCUUCAUACCCUUAGAGCACAGCAACGAAGUGUAAGCAACUGGAGUGAGGGAAAUAMCAAACAGACAGCAAUAAACACUUUCAGAUACAAAAAGUCCAUGUACACAAUGUGUUACGUGUUUUUGGCGUUCGGUCUSUGCUAUCUACCAUUCAUAUGUACGACAUUAGCAACUAUAAUACUAGGAGAGACUGCAGUCAUUUGGGGAGCUGAGAGCAUCUCAUCAAUAUUCCUAUUUGGCAACUCGCUUGUUAACCCAAUCAUCUUGUUCUCCAGAAUGAAAGAAAUACGAAGAGCGGUUGUCAUGACGAUGUCAAUCAACCACUCUAAUAGAAAUCGUCAUCAUCGAGUAAUCGAGAUUAAAUGUGUUCAUGAACAGAGGCCUUCAAUGAACAGCCGACGACAGAAUGAAGGACAUGUCAGUAACGACAUCACAAGCCGAUAA